AUGGAGGACGCCGCCGGCCGCCUCAUCGUCGCCGGCCCCGCCGGCGCCGCGCGCAUCGUCUCCACCACCCCCAUCCCCCUCCCCGCCGCGCCGGCCCCGCCGGCGCCCCAGCGGGACGCCGGCGCGCAGCGGCGGCCGCCCGCGCCGGCCGCGUUUGCGGUCGACGCGGUGCUCGUCCCUGAGGGCGUCUUCCCGACGCUCGCGGCCGCGUUUGCCGCGAUCCCCGCCAUCUCGACCUGGGCCAAGCUCACGCUCGCCAACCCCGCCGCCGCCGCGCGCGCGCGGGACGCCUCGUUUUCCGGGAUGAUCCUCGCGCCCACCAACCUCGGGAUCGACGCGUAUCUGAAGCGCGACAAGGUCCCCGCGGGCAGCUUCCUCAACGCGCCCAUCAUCAAGUACCUGCUCUUCUUCCACUCGUCCCCGGAGCCGUAUUCGCUGCGGCAGGUGCUCGCGGCGCCGCCGGCGAGCCCGCUGAGGAGCGGCUUGUCGAUCCUCGGGACGCCGGCCCCCAUCUUUCACGGCACAGCGCCGCCGGCCGCGGUGGCGGGCAAGGAGCGCGGCGGCGGCGGCGGCGGCGGCGGCGGCAGCGGCGGCGGCGGGGAGGGGCCCGAGGACGUUUAUGUGUGGGGUGCCCUCAACGUGCGAGACCAUGCCAAGGUGAUCUCUGGCGAUUACCUCGUCGGCGCCGGCACGCUCCACGUCAUCGACAACGUGCUGCUGCCCGACAUCGCCGUCGGAUCCACCGAGACCAUAAAGCGCGCCGUGGACGCCGAGGACGAGCUGUCAGUCAUGGCGCGGCUGCUGCAGGCGGCGGGCCUGGCCAAGGCGCUGGACGCUCCGUUGUUCAAGGGGACGCUGCUCGCGCCGUCGGACGAGGCCUUCAAAGCCUUUGCCAAGAAAAUGGGCUUCCCCUCGGUCGACGCGAUGCUCAACCUCGGACCCCUCGCCGCCGCCAUCGCCGGCGUCCACCUGAUCCCAACCUCGUACGACGAGGACGGCCUGCGCGGCGCCGCCCCUGUAGUCGCUCGGCCGUUCAAGGGCGGCGAGCUCACGUUCGAGGUUAAGGGGCCGCAGAAGCUGGACCUGGCGGUGUCGGGGCCCCAGAACGGCGCUAACCUCGUAAAGUACCUCGAGGCCGGCCGCAGCUUCGUGCACGUGAUCGACCAGGUCCUGCUGCCCAACAGCGUAUUUUUUACGAUCAUGGACGCCCUCUCCUUCUUCAACGCCACAAGCCGCUUCAAGUCCCAGGUCGCCGCGGCGCCCGCGCUCGCCGCCGCCGCCGCGGACCCCAAGACCUCCUGGACUGUCUUCGCGCCGACGGACGCGGCCUACGCGGCGCUCCCCGGCGCCCCGCCGCCGCCCGCGGCCCUCGUCGUGCCGCGCGGCGCACUGCUCGCGCCCGGCGGGUUCGAGGGCGCCGGCCCGCUGCGCACGCUGAGCGGCGACGCGUGGGGGGCGCCGCUCGUUGUGAGGGCCGAGGUCGACCCAUCGACGAAGGCCGGGGAGAUCCUUGUGUAUCCCGCGGGUUCGGAUCCGAAGGGCGCGUCCAAGGUUGUGCAGAUGAACCUAAUCGCCGGCCGCAGCGCCGUCCACGGCGUCGACCGGUUCCCAUUGACGACCCCCACCGCGCCCGCCGCUGCAACACCCGCCGCACCGGCGGCCGCCGAGCCGGCCGCCGCCCCGGCCGCUGCCCCGGCUGCGCCGAAGCGGCUGCGGGCAGCACUCCUCUGA